AGAUUCAAGGUUAGAGCUGAAUCAUUCCUGGCAGGUAUUGUGUGACGCAGGUAUUUUCUGACGCAGGUAUUGUGUGACGCAGGUAUUUUCUGACACAGGUAUUGUUUAACGUAACUCAAGUGUCAGUUUGUGACAUUGAGAGAAUAUUGUGACAGCGUGUGCUGGCAGUUAUCAACAUUUAGAGGACAUUGAAUCUAAGGCAUGUAAGGGUACAACUGGAUCCAACUACAACUGAACUAGGCCAGUAAAGUAGCACAAAAGAACUGAACAACAGAACACAAUAUAAUUUAUCCAAUGACAUUAGAAAUUGAGCAGCUAGAGGUAACACAACGCCAAAUUUGCAGGCGCAUACAAUUUUUGCCCAAGAACAGUAGUAACCCAACUUCAAUUAUGCCCCUCGGGAUUAUGCCAAUACAAAUGAAAAUCAUGUACGAUCGACUGCUGAUGUUUUUCGGAAUACUUUGUCUGCCAAUGAAUAACAUUUAUAAACAACUCAUGUUGUUAAGACUUACUCAGAUAGUAACGUGCAGCUUGCCAUCAUGGAAUUCACCUAUAUCAAGAAUGUGGCAAUGUGUACAGCGGUUCAACCUAGAAGAGGCAGUCAUAGAAAUGCUUACCUCUGCCAUUUUCCCAACAAAACCUGCUUGGAAGCUCAAGAUUAGAGACUUAAUAGGCUGCGAGAUAAGACGAGACUUUAGGACAACAAGCUCAAUGUACAAUAGGCACGAAAUAUGUCAGAACAUUUGCGAUAUCAGUGAGACGUCAGCAGGUCUUAUGAAGCCAACUGCCUGGUGGACGUUAUCAAGACUAAAACCAGAACUUCUCAUACCAUGUAAAAACAUAAUGCGCCUCGCCACGGACUGUCAUGAUCUUCGCGUUAAAAAUUCUGGUAUUAACUGUAUAUGUGUGCUAUGUGAUUUAUUUGAAAUAGAAACAAUUGACCACUUUCUGAAUUCUUGCAACGCGUACUCAGAUGAGCAUGCCAAACUGACAUUAAUCACAAGGAAAUAUAUUAAUGCUUAUUCAAGAACAUCUGUUCUAUUUGCAUUCAACGAAGUUAACGUUGACACAGAGGACAUGAUAGAGAUAUCUAAAAUCAUCUUAAGUAUGACAAACAAAAGGUCACGCAUGAUGAGAGCCUAUGUAGGCAACACAGGUUGCUCUUAGUUAUUGACUGUAUUUAAACAAUCGGGUAAUACCGCAAGUUUGUGUUUCAAACAAAAUAACAAAGACAUGUACAUAAUAUAGAUUGGUUUAUUUUUAUGUUCGAUUUCACAAUACAUAGAUUGUAAUUUAUAAUGUGUUAAACUACUCUGUUUAAAUACAGGCAAAUAAAUGAUAAUAAUAAUAAUA